AUGGACAAUACUCUGCAGCAGCCCGACUUUUCCGUUGCUGCCGGAGGCCUGAGGUUGGCAGCGGACAACUUAGAGUUGUGCCAAAAUAUACCGGGUGUCGACGACGGUCGGCGGCAACUACAAGCGACGGAGCGGUUAAUGGUCCGCUUGGACGAAAUUCAGCAGGAGCAGCGGCAUGCUUUUGCUCGAUUCCAGUCCGCACUGGAAGCCCUUACCAGGGAGAACACUGCUAGGUAUAGGGAUAUGAACCGCUACAUUGCAUUGGAGAACAGCGUGAUUGUUGAGGGAACCGGGCAGCUAGAGCCCCUAUACAGUCUUUCCACCGGCCGAGUCAUAACUGCCUUCCCGAGUCGAGUUGCGGAUGUAAAUCGUCUGUACCCGACGUAA